AUGGCACCUCCCACUUUGUGUCAAUCAAAUUCUAGUUCCUUUGUCAUUGACCAAUCAUAUUCGACCGCACCCGCUUUCUCACGAUGUCGGAUUUGGGCGCAGCGAGAGAUCGACAUAAAGAAUAUCAGACACUACAGUAACCAAGGUGAACGCUGCAUAGUCGAUUUGUAUGAGAAGUACCUGCAGGCCCUAGUCUCUGGGAAAUUCUACAGGCGCGCAUUACCUGGCACACCUCCGAGGUUUGGGAACCAACCGGUAGGAGUUAAUAAACUGAGAAAUCUUAUGAAAAUUAUUUGUGCAGGCGCGGGAUUAAGUGGAAAUUAUACCAAUCAUUCGGGAAAACGCACAUGCGCAACACAACUCUACAUCGCCAGGGUUGAUGAGCAGGAGAUCAUGAACAGAACUGGACAUAGGUCAGAAAAGGCUGUGAGAAAAUACAAGUCAGCUGACGAAUCGGUGUUACGCAAAGUAUCCUCGGUGUUAGAUCCUCCACAGAAAAGAAAACGUCCCGAAAACAAAACUCACCAAGAAGAGCCCACUGCCAAACGUGCUACAGUGCCUCUCAGUGAUAUAAGUUAUCUCCCGACAGGAAGUCUUUUUAACAACUGUCAAGUUACUUUUAAUGUCGGAAACAAGUGACCUUUUAAACGAUUUUUGAAGACGUGGCAUAGUGACAUUAGUGUUUAUGAUUUUUAAGAAGACAUCGGGUAUAG